AUGAACCACGAAUUAAUAAAGACUACUCAGGAAACUCCUAAAAAAGAAGUAGUAAAAACUUAUUACUGUGCUCUUUGUGAAAAGGAAAUACCGCUAGGACAAGAAGUAAAAAUUAUCGAACCGUCCACUUAUUAUUGGGACCGAUAUGGCGAAGAAUAUUUUAACCGAGAACUCACUCUAUUCAGCACCGAAAUCGAGGGACUGAAAGCGGAAAAUGAAAACCUGAUGAACGAAGCAGUUGAGUUAGUAAAAGCGGAGUUAAGGUCAACCAACUUAGACACCGACCAAAACUUCAUUAAUGAAUUAGACAAUCGCCUUACUCAGCAAUGUUUAUUAAUCACAGCCGGUCAGAAAGAAGAAUUAUCCAGACAAUCAAACGAGAGAGGUAAUCAACUCAACCGAGUCCACGGCAUAAUUACUCAACUGCGAGAAAUAAUUGCGGAAAAUCAAAGAGAAAAAGAGGAACUAACUACCAAAAUAGAAUUAGAUGACACCGACCAAAAAUUAUAUGAAAAAAACCAGCAAGUUAAAUCCUUAAAAAAAGCCCUAAAAAAAUUACAGUUUAAACCUAUCAAAAACUAUAUCGCAAAAAAUCCCGAGGCUAUAACUGAUACUGUAAUUAUUGCUAGUUCGCUAAUUAGUACUACUUAUACAUUUAACAAUAUCAAGGAAAAUAUUAAGAAUCGUUCCAUUCAGUCCCAAGUUGCUGAUUUAACAGGCAAAAUCUCCCCCGCUAACUCUCAGCAAUUAGUUGACACCGAAGAGAAAAAACAAUUAAAAAGUGCCAUUGCUAAGGCUAAUGAAACAAUAACUAAUCUGACCCAACAAUUAAAUAGACGUCCCAAUAUUACCGCCGAGCAGGAAAAUUUAAUUAACAAGGUGAUAACUCUAACUAACCAAACCCAAACUCUUAAUGAGGAACUGAAAAAUAAAGCGGCUAAUAAUCUAAAUUACCAACAGAAAAAUUUAGCAUUACAAACUGAGUUAGACAAAUUGAAUAAAAUAAUUUCCGCCCAGGAACAAGAAUUAACUAAGGAAAAACUAACCAACCAACAAGACCAAGAAACCAAAAUUUUACUGGCAACAAUUAAUAAAAAUCCGAACCCACCCAAAAAUUCGGCAGGAUAUAUUAACUCUGUUACUGCUGGUGCCACAGUUACGGCUAAUAAUCAUAAUGAUUACGAUACUAUUAAAGCCGAACGAAAUGACUAUAAGGGUAAAUUAGAGAGUGUGAAUAAAAGACUUAACUCGGAAUUAAAACUCGGCUUGGUGGGUGAAUUAGAGUUAGAUAAAAUUAUUAGCAAAAUAAAAGAGUUAAUAAAUAAGCCUAACAAUAUUGAGGAAUUAAAAGUGGCUAACCAAACUAUCACGGAUUUAGAAAAACAAUUGAACGAUGAUAAUAUUCUUUUCCAAAAAAUCUCCGCGACAAUUAAACAAAGUGAUUUAAAAAUGUUGCACGACUUAGGCAUUACUAUACCGCCCCAACUAAAAAUCCAACUGGAACAAGCCGCUAAUUAUCAAGAACUAAGCCAAGCUCGGCAAGCCAUAAUCCAGCAUUACUUAACUCAAAAUAGUAGUAAUUUGUCAAUAAUCAGCAACCAAAAAAGCGGCACUAUCAAUAAUAAGCAAAUAACUAAUUUGUUCUAUUCUGAGAAUAAAAGCGGUUUUUCUCCCGCUGAACUGUCGCUGACUAACCUGUGGCAAGUAACUGAUGAUAAUCGCGUUUAUGACUUUUUCUCAGCCCAACAAUUAAUUUUCCCUUUAACUAAUGAAGAAGGAAAGAUUGUUGCUUUUGCUGCCCGCAAAAUCGAAGUUCUUUCCGGUGAAAGCAAAUAUUUAUAUUUGCCAAGUUAUUCCCAUUAUCAAAAGUCUUCUUUGCUCUAUAAUUAUCCCACUGUCAAGCAAAAUCUUUCCCCCGAAUGUUAUUUAGUGGAAGGAUUUUUUGAUGUUAUCAGUUUAACCCGGUUAGGAAUAGAAAAUUGUUUAGCACUUUCCGGGACGAACUUGUCGGAAAAGCAAAUCAAACUUUUAAAAAACUUACGAAAAAGAAUGAUUCUUUUUUUAGAUGGCGACCUAGCCGGCCAAGAAGCUACUAUUCAUAUCGCAACUACUCUAUUGCUACGGGAAAUUGACUGUGAAGUAGUAACCAAUAAUUAUCCAAAUGACCCCGAUGAAAUUUGUCGAAUUAAAAUAAUUUCCGCCAAAGAAGAAAGAAAAUUACUAAUUUCCGCCAAAAAAGGAAAAGGUGCCGAGCAAGAAAAUGCCAUCCGUUCAAUAGUCUACUAUAAUUUAAAUUUAGUUAAUUAUAUUGUCAAGCGUUAUUUUUCCUUUGCGGGGCUGUCUCCUGAUGACCUAGUAGCCGAAGGGGUUCGUUCUUUGCCGAAAGCCAUUGAAAAAUUUGACCUUGCUAACCAGAAUCGCUUUGCGGUUUAUGCUGGUUGUUGGAUUAAACAAUAUAUUCGUAGUUAUAUUGAAAAAACGCAAUUCAUUAAACAAAGUGCUACCAAUCCGGAAAAAAAAAGUGUAAUUUAUUAUGACAGUAAUUAUCAAAAUGACGAUAAAGAAAGUAAAUCUUACUCAUUAUUAGAUACCUUAAAUGAUAGUGAAAAUCCCGAAAUGAAUAACGAACAAAUUCGGCAACGAGAUAUCACGCAGCAAAUUAAUAGUUUGAUUAAUUCUUUAGGCAGUCGAGAAAUGAUUUUGUUAAUAAGGUUACUCUAUAAAAUAGUUCCGACUAGUUUACUAGAUAUUUAUUACUUAGCGACCGAAGAGGAAAAAGAAAUAUUACUAAAAGAAUUGAAAUUGAGUAGUAAAAAAGCCGAGACUUCUCUGAUUAAUUAUUCCUGCCAAGAAAAAAAGGUUAAGAAAUUACCAGUGAUUCAAAGAUACCUCGACGCCUUUUCUCAUACCUAUAAAUUUUCCGGAAUAGCCAAGAUAAUUAAUAAAUCUGAGAACUACGUACGUAAAUUGAAACAAACCAGUUUUACUAAAUUACAAAAACUAGCCAAAGAGGAAAAUCUCAGUAUUUUGCUCUAA